AUGAAAACAAACAAUAAGAAAAUUUUUCCAUCCAAUACUUAAAAUUACUAAUCCGUUCCUUAAUUGGAGCAUGACAACGGAUCUACUUACAAAAUGCAUUAAUCUACGGUUUCUAAGCCUCCGCUUUCAAUAGUUCCAAGUGAAGCAAAUUAAAGCUAUUAUCAAAUUAUCGAAAAAAAUAAAUUGCUAUACCUAGACUAUUAUAGCCAAUACAAUGACAUGAAAUUUAUGGAGAAUAUGGCAAGUAUUAUAUUCAUUAAAUACAAGGUUUGAGACCUAAAUCUGAAAAGCUAACUUUAUUAGAAAAUUUUCUCAAUAUGUUUGAGGACAUGAUUUCUUGUCUUAUAGUCAUUUAAAAUACUUUACUACUUAUGAACUUUGACGCCCCUGAUUUUGCAUAAACUUAUGGCUACUUGCCAAAUAUAAUGGCUGAUAUUUUGAAUAAAGACAUUAAAGUAAAAAAUUUUGUUUAUCAAGACUUUAGAGGGAUUGCAUUUAGAAAUAGAAUUUUAAUCGUCGCUAAGAUUUUUAGAAACUGUGCUAGAAGCACUACAGUUUAAUUCUGAAUAAGCUAAUAAAAUCCAUCAACUUGACGUCAAAGCUUGGUCAUAAAAAUGCUUUAAUCAUCUCAAUAGCUAUAUAGGCAAUUAAUAAAAAUCUUAAGUAUCUUAAACAACAAUACUAUGUCCUUGCUUUAAAUGAUUUAUAUUAUAUUAAUUUAUAUAUGAUGUAAUUAAAAUAGCAUCUAAAUUAGAACCACCUACAAUAUCAUACGAGAAACCAUUCUUUAAAUAAGUCAUACUCAUCCAAAUAGCCUUCUCCCAAUCUACCAUAAUUACUCAGAUAAUAAACUACAUUUCCAAACUAGAAAAUUCACAAUGAAAAUGAAUCUAGUUUUGCGAACUAAAAUUUAGAAAUUUUGGGGGACUUUGUAUUGCCAUCCUCUAAAUAUACAAAAUAGUAGAACAUUAUUUUGGCAGAUGAACUCACAGAAAAAAUCUCAUCGUUACGCAAUAAUAAAAAUUUAAAUAUUGUUAAAUAAAUGGUAAGAAAACGUGUGAAAACUUAACAUAGUGAAUUAGAAAAUUCUAUGAUUUCAACCCAAAGGUUAAUUACAGAUCCAGGCAUAGUUCUUCCAAAAAAGGUGUAAAACAAUUAAUUCCUCAUUGAUAAAGAGUUAGUUUUUGAGGAUGGAGUCAAAUAUCCUUAUAGAUUAUAUAUGAUGAAUGUUAAAAGAAAACAUUUGAUAUCUUAAUUACUUACCAAUACAAAUAUCAAUUCUGUAUCUAAGGAUAGCUAAAAUGAUUCUAAAAACAAAGAUUUAGCAGAAAGAUUGGUCGCUUAAAUUAAGAUUUCCUAAUAAUAAAAAUCUAAGAACGCUUUAAGAUCUAAGAGUUACAUGAAUAAUGCCUUUUAUUCUUUAUUGGCUUUAAACAAGAAUUCCUAGGAAGCUGUCAAAUUAAAGUAUCGAUAAAAUUUACCAAAAGAUUCAAGGUUUUAUUUAAAGUGA